AUGAGAGUGAGACAGUUGCUCUGUGGAAUCUGGAGUCUAUGCUUCCUGCUAUAUCUUCUCUUCAUUUUGCUUCACCAAACCACAGCGAAAAGGAAACUGAAGUUUGUGUCCUUAGUAUUUCGCCAUGGUGAUCAUACCCCAUGUGAAUCUUUUCCAAAUGACAAACACAAAGAAAAUGCUUGGCCACAAGGAUUUGGACAGCUUACCAAGCUUGGGAUACAGCAGCAAUAUAAGCUUGGACAAUACUUACGGAAAAGAUAUGCUCAUUUCUUGAGUACUAUAUAUAAGCAGUGCGAGAUUUAUGUUCAAAGCACAGACUCUGACCAAACACUUAUGAGUGCCCAGGCAACUCUUGCUGGGUUGUAUCCAGUGGACAGUGGUCAGGCUUGGAACCCAAAAAUCCUUUGGCAGCCAAUCCCAGUUCACACAGUGCCACUAUCACAUGACCACUUGCUCCACUUACCUUUUCCAAAUUGUCCAAAAUACAAUGAACUUCAGAAACGAACUUUUGUAACAAGAGAGUUUCAAAAACAACUUAAGUACUACAGGCCAUUUCUCAGAUUUUUAGCAGCUCACACCGGAUACCCAGUUAACAGUCUGAACACUGCAAGAAUUGGGAAUCUAUAUGACACUUUACAGUAUGAGGAUGCUAACAAUUACACUUUACCAAAAUGGGCCACUCAAGGUGUCAGGGACAAACUGUUAAAGCUCUCAGAAUUGCUGUUAUGGGCAGAAUUUGGGAUCCACAAACAAAGACAGAAGUCACGUCUGCAGGGUGGUAUUCUCUUAAAAGCGAUUCUGAAACAUCUCUCAGAUGCUAGAAAACCUUCAAACCAGCGAAAGAUGAUUAUCUAUUCUGCCCAUGCUGCUACCAUCGUUGCCUUACAGAUGGCACUCAAUGUCUUCAAUGGGAAACUGCCUCCCUACAGUGCCUGCCAUUUUUUUGAACUUUACCAGGAAAAGAAUGGGCAAUACACCAUUGAAAUGUAUUAUCGGAAUAAUUCUUUGAAAGAUCCUGUUCCACUCACUCUGCCAGGCUGCAAAUUUCGCUGUCCACUUGAGAGAUUUUAUCAACGGAUUUCCUCAGUCAUAGUGCACCACUGGGCAAAAGAAUGCAGAAGAUAGAGCCU